UAUCGUCCUGCGCAUGCGUUCUGUCUUCAGAGCCGCUGUGUGUAAUGAAUCCAGUCUGGAGACUUCAGGGUCUUGGGCGGGGUCAGGGCCGAGGUCAGAUCACUGGUGACCCUCCUGGUGCUGUGAGGUCAGCAGUAAGAGGAGUGCCUGAGGUCAAAGUAUCGACUCGAUCCAAGUUCGAUGAGAUUCGGAAGGCAGACCAGGCGUCUGCUCAGCGAUUGGCUGCUGAGAAGCACAGCUCCUCCUCCUCUGAGGAUGAUGAUGAUGAUGAAAGUGGAGGGCAACGAGGGAAGAUUCUUCAGUCGGCUCUGAGUCCCUACACCUCACGUGCAGGUGAUGAUGUCGGUCUUCUGGAACAGACACGUCAUUAUUUAAAUGAAGUGUGUCAGUCUGGAGGAGUCACGUGUCUGAUCUGCAUCGCGUCUGUGAGGAGGACGCAGGCUGUGUGGAGUUGUGUGGGAUGUUAUUGUAUUUUUCACAUCACCUGUAUUCAGAAAUGGGCCAAAGACUCUAUCUUCCUGGUGUCCUCAGUGACAGAUGAGGAUUUUGGGAAAAAAGAACACCCAUGGCCAUGUCCUAAAUGCAGGUAUGAAUACAGUCCUAAUCAAACUCCGUCUCGUUAUUACUGUUACUGUGGGAAAGAGGCGGAGCCUGCUCCAGAUCCCUGGCUCCUCCCACAUUCAUGUGGACAGGUGUGUGAGCGAGAGUUUAAGCCCUCCUGUGGACAUCACUGCCUGCUGCUGUGUCACCCAGGUCCGUGUCCGCCAUGUCCAAAGAUGGUGAGUGUUUCUUGUUUGUGUGGGAAAUCAUCUCGUGUCCCUCGACGCUGCAGUGCUAAAUCCUGGAGAUGCCAGCAGAUCUGCGGACGGAUGCUACCAUGCAGAAUGCACACCUGCUCGAACACGUGUCACUCAGGAGAGUGUUUGCCGUGUCCACAGGUCAGUGUGCAGACGUGUGCGUGUGGUCGGCGACGGACGAAGCGACCAUGUGCCAAUCUAGAGUGGCAUUGUGACCAGAUUUGUGGUCAUCCGCUGUCCUGUGGAAACCACACAUGUGAGAUUGUAUGUCACGCAGGUUUGUGUGGACCAUGUCCUCGUUCAGGAAAUCGCUCAUGUUCCUGUGGCAAAACUAAGAGUGUGUUGCCCUGUACUGUGGAUGUGCCAACCUGUGGAGAUACCUGCAGUAAGAAAUUGGACUGCGGCUUACACACCUGCUCGAUGCGUUGCCAUAAAGGAGCUUGUGAGACGUGCCGGCAGGAAGUAGAAAAGACGUGUCGAUGUGGCCGCUACACCAAAAAUUUUCCCUGCCAUAAAGAAUAUCUGUGUGAUUCCAAAUGCAACAUAACACGAACGUGCGGCAAACACCAGUGCAAGAGAAAGUGUUGCCCAGGUAACUGCCCUCCAUGUGACAUGAAGUGCGGCCGAAUGUUGGGUUGCAGGAACCACAAAUGCCCUUCAGUGUGCCACCAAGGGAGCUGUUAUCCGUGUCCGUUGAUGGUUGAAGUUCGUUGUCAUUGUGGCUCGACCUCAAUCUCUGUGCCUUGUGGAAGAGAGCGAAGCACUAAACCACCACGCUGUAAAGAGUUGUGCAGGAAACCUCCAUCAUGCCAUCAUUCAUCUCUAGAGCAGCACAGGUGUCACAUGGGCACUUGUCCACCCUGUAAGCAGCCCUGCCAACGACCGUUAGUAGGGUGUCCCCACCUCUGCCCGGCCCCGUGUCACGACCAGGUGCUGGUUAAAGCCAGUGAGCGGCCUAUGUUGGCUGGUCCGUGGGAACAACCAUCAGUCCCGGCGUUUGUGCAGACCGCUGUACCGUGUCCUCCCUGCCUGGUACCCAUACCAACAGCCUGUUUGGGGGAACAUGAGAUGAGUCUGGUGCCUUGUCACAAGCGUGGGCCGUUUUCCUGCGGUCGUCCAUGCGGACGAACUUUAACUUGCGGUAACCACAGUUGUACUUUGGAGUGUCAUCGUGUGACCUCUGCACCACAUUCAGAUGUUAGCAAGGCUGGUAAGGAGUGUGUACAGUGUGAGGAGAGUUGUUCAAACCCCCGCCUUGCUGGCUGUACCCACCCUUGCUCCCUUCCCUGUCACCAAGGUAACUGCCCUCCCUGCACACUGAUGGUCCGUCAGCGCUGUCACUGCAAGAUAUCUAACCUGUACAUCGAGUGUCUGAAGUUCACAUCUGCCGAUGAGCGGGGGAAACAGCACUUAACCUCUUGUCAGAACCAGUGCCCUAAACAGUUGAGUUGUGGCCAUCGCUGUAAGCUGUUGUGUCACCCAGGAGAUUGUGAGCAGACCUGUAGUCAGAAGGUGAAGCUGAGAUGCUCCUGUAGGAGAAUUAAAAAGGAAUUUCCCUGUUCUCGCAUAAGAUUGAAAGAUGACCUGGUCUUGUGUGAUGAGACAUGUCGAGAGCUCCAAAAGAAACAUGCUGAGUCUCGAGCAGCAGAGGAGAGAGCAGCCCUGGAAGAAGAACUGAGAAAACAGCAGGCUGAACUUGAGGCAUUUGAGAAACGACAGAAAGGACGGCGGAAGAAGUCUAGGAAAGUUACGGAGUUGGAGGAAAAGCAAGGGGCGUGGUUAAAAUAUAAGAACCGCCUCCUGAUGCCUGUCUGUGGUAUCCUGCUGGCUGUGGCGUUCUUUUAUCUGUUGCAGCUGAGCAUCCCAUGAUAUCUAAAUGUGAUUCUGUAGUUCAUUUUACUAAUCUUUGUUUUUGUUUUUUUUGUAGUUAAACUCUUUGCAGUUACUAUUCAUUAAUGUAACUUGAAUAUGUAAUUAGAUCAAUGUAGCUGUGUUAUAAAUAUGUGUCUAAACUUUUCGGAGGUUUACUUGGUAAUUUCGAUUUUUAAUUUAAGUUGUAGUUGAUUUAAAAGGGCAUGAAUGUUGUCCAUGAUUAGAACGAAAUGUUUUGUUGAAUGAGAUCUAAGUGGUCUAAAAAUAAAAUCUCUGUUUCAAAAA